CACUCUGAGGUAAUUAAAAAUAGAUCCCCAAGGCUCCAUUACUAGUAAUUUAUAGGAGUCUUCUACUUUAGAGUUCCCAUACAAGUUCAUGGAAACUAAAAGGAAUCAUUCAAUGAAUUUUCCUUCUACAACAGAAGCCAAAAAAACCAAACCAGAAGAGCUUAUUCUCACUUCACUCAAGUUCUUUAAUAUAUUGGCCACUUUUUACUGUUUUAUUUCACUACUAAUGUUCAAAAAAACCCAAGUUUAAAUAUAAAAAUAAAUAACCAAAAAGCUUUGAGGCGUUGCAUUUCAUCCCUAAUAUGAAUCUAAGUUUCCAGAUUUUCUUACAUGGCAUUUUAUUCAUUGGCUGAAGACAUGGAAGAUAAUAUAGCUAUAAUGGCAAGAAAACUACCCAAGAAAAAUGACUAAAAAAUACUGUAGAUUUAGAUAUUUAAAAUUUUACUGUUUGUUUUUAAAGGGUGGUCUCAAGAUUUUUACAGAGUAAUUCAUAUUAUAGUCACAUCUACAGCUGGCAUACCUCUUUUUUUUUUUCCUUAUCUAGAUAAUAGCUCUACCAUCUUAACUUCACUUUUGAUAGUCUUUGAGUAGAUAUUGUCUUACACCUUGAUAUUUUUGGGUUAGCCCGUUCUAAUCUUCAGCCCCACAAUGCAGACCAGGGCUGGCGCACAACAUUGUGUCAGGGCAUCAAUGCCAGAGUGCCAACAGAGGAAGGACAGCAAAGUCUUCCUUAAGUCUUACAGAAGGAAAAUGAGCACAAAGGGAGAGUGCUGGGCAGAGCUGGUCAUUAUUUUCAUUUUCAGAGCAGAAUUCCUGUUUAAAUUCAGUUAAGAUAACAGAUCCAUUUUAUUUGAGCAUGAGGAAAGGUAAAAAUACCACUCUCCUAACACCAAUAAAAACUCAGCUGAAACAUUGUUCAAGUGCCUAAUGUAAAAGUGAAUGCAAGUUCAAGGAUCCAAAGCUUCGUGGCAUGGUCAGACUGUGCAAAGCAGCACAGAACAGCAGAGCUGACAUUAAACAAAACAAUGGAAAGCCCAGUGGCCAGCAGGAGAGUUUUGCAAGGGUUAAUAUAUCCCACCUUUUAAAAAGCCAGUUAAACCAUAAUGACCUCCAGUAGCAAGACUCAACUAAGCAGUCUGCAGUACUAAAAAAACCCAGUAAAGAAGAUUCUCCCUAAAGCUGCAUCAUACCAGAGGCCAGGACAGCAGCACUGCAGACAGCUUCAGCUUCCUGGGCUGCUCAGUGCCUCAGUUCCUCACACAGCCCAUGACACAGGAUUCAAUCAGCAAGCAGUUUUUCCACAACUUUGAUGGGGAAGGAUAUUAUUUAUUUUGUGUGAGUGACUCUUGUUUUGCCAGGCAAAGUGGCCAGGGAGGCAAGGACACACACCCAGACAUUUCCCCCUGGUUUGGUAGCAAUCGAUACAAUCACUUACAUCACCAAAAAAACACGGCCAGCUCAAAGCAAUUUUCUCAAGGUGAGAGGCCAAAGAAACAACAAAAUUGCCGGCAUCAGAAGCCUCAAUUUGCAAUGAAAGGAUUCCCAAGGCUGUACAGAAAGUAAUGAAUAUCAAUUCUGCUGCAAUAUUAUUUACCUCCUAGGAGAGAACACUCUCCAGCACUCAGGCUCAAAUGACCGAAACAUCAGAGGAAAGAAAAAUGCAAGGCAGGAAGCAAACAAGGGAAAGAGCCCUGUUCUGCAGCAAUACUGUCACAUCCCUCGUUUCUCUUUAGCACCUGCUGUGGGAAGCUUGGCAAACAUGAAGAUGGCCUGGGUGCUGCUGCUGCUGCUGAGCGCCCUCCCGGGCAGCCCCGCGGUGCCUUCCCAGCGCCCUUCCUGCUACAAGAGGCCCCUCAAGGAGCACGGCUGCCACAGCAUCCCCGCAGGCAGGGACAGCCUCCGGCACGUCGAUGAUGCUCUGCCAGAUCACUUCUGGGAAGGGAAGGGCUGCGAGGUGAUCUGCUACUGCAACUGGAAUGAAUUGCUCUGCUGCCCAAAGGAUAUUUUCUUUGGACCAAAGAUAUCUUUUGUGAUCCCCUGCAACAGUCAAUGAUCCAAGUCUGCAAGUGAAGAUAACAGACAUCAUUCUACGAUCAUGUAAUAAUGUUUUCAAGGGUAAAACAAAACUACCACCAACAAAAAAAAAAAAAAACUUCCUUUCUAAUCACAAGCCACUGCCUCACUUUACACUGUAAAAAGAAUUUCCUUUGUAUACCUUUAUGGAAUAUCAAAUACCUAAGAAGUUUUCUUUUCAAAUCUGGUAGCUGACCUAAUUUCCAUAAAGCCCUUUCCAUGGUUUAACAGACUGCACAAGCUCUUAAUGUAUCCUAAUAUUGCAUACCCCAGCAGAAAGCAUAACUCUUCUUACUCAGCACAAUAUCCUUAGUUUGGAAAAAGAAAUUUCAAGCCUUCAUGUUGUUAGGAACAUGACUCUCAGAGCAACUUAUGGCAGUGCAGCUUCUUAUUCCAUUAUUGCCAUCACACUUUUAAUGUCAUUUUAAGCUGAAGCCACUCAAUACCUGGCACUUCUGAAGAAAAGCUCCCAUGUUCUUUUUAGGCAUCUUAAAAUACAUGCACAUACAAAAGGGCUGUAUUUCCAUAUUUGAAAGUAUUUCACUGGAAUUAAAAAAAUAGUAAAAAUUAGCAUUAACAGUACUAAAGCACACUUGGGUCUUAUGUCUAACUGGUCACCUGCCUUGACUAUGCAAUCUCUAAACCCUUAUAUGGCUUAAUCUCAGCAGUGAGCAUUUAAAAAUAUUAGAACAACAGAUUUUUUUAUUCAAGCUGUGUUUGAAACACUGUACUCCAAAGUAAGAUAAAAUGCUGGCUUUUUCAGGCUAGCCCUGUAAAGCAAUAGCUACAGAAAACACAGAGAUAAUAAUCUUAAUAUUUAAGAGGUAUUGUGAUCUAUGAGAUAGAUCCAGAGACAUAAAUUUUGACCAUUUUUCUGUUAUAUGGCAAUCUGUAUUGGCAGGUGUUGACAGGUGACCACAUAAUUUUAAGCAGUCACCUGAACAAGCCAGGCUUACAGGCAGCAAGCUGACUUGCUGCUUUACACAUACAAACUCUUUAGCCAUCAAGCCAGUCACAUGGAAAGUGUGAAAGAACUGUGCAGUCCUCUCUACUCAAAAAAUGCACUGUUCACCUAAUAAUCUUACACAUUGGCCCAAACUGCUACCACCAUGCUUACUUCAUGUGUCAGUAUGAAAUAUCACCAUGACUGUUCUUCUUCUUGUUAGCAAACAAGGGUUGGAUACUGGGUGAGGGGAUGAUUUAUACACAGCCAGUAAUAAAUGUUUCAAAUAAAUCUGUGUGUACUAUUUUUGCCCUACUGAUUGUUUAACAGAUUGUGUCACCAGACUUUUUAAGCCUUGCUUGUAUAAUUAUUCAAGCAGAAUAAUUUGGGCUUCCUACCAAACAAUCGAUAGUAAAAUAAACCCCAUAACUCUGGCUACCCAGUGAAAAUAUCUAAAGUCAGUGCUCUGCAAAAAAAAACCCAACCUAUGGUAUGUGCUCUUGUGUAAAGUCCUCUACAAGCUUCUAGGGUAGGUGAACUUCUGUUGUUUGUGCCAUUUAAUUUCUACAAGAAUCACAUUGCAUGUGCCUGGCCUUCACAGCUUUGCAAAACAGCUGCAGCAAAAAAAAAAAAGUUAAGGCAGAUACAAGGCUGGGUACUAAAGUGCAUGGCUUUCAGUUAAAUUUCUUCCAAGACUCCUGGAAAAUCCACAAUCCACAACUUGGCCACUAUCCACAUGCAGCAAGAUAGGGUCACUUAAGUUACUACUUUAAAACUGGCUUUCCAUAGAAACUUGCUUUUGUUUCUUUCCCCACUCUCCUCCCCUCACACAACUUCAUCUACAGGUCCUGCCAGGCCUAGGUGAGAACAUUGAACCCUGUCAUGCACUCAGAAAAAAACUCUUGAUCCUUUGGAUGUCCUAUCCAUGACUAGGUUCCUUGGCUUUUAAUGCAAUUUGCACUUUGAAGGCAAGAAGCUUGAAUGUGUUCAAAGAACAUUUAGUAAACAAAUUGACAGUCCCUGUAGUGAAAUGGCCAUGAAAACAUAUCUUCAAAGGAGCACCAAUUUUAGCUGUCACUAGCUAGAUAUCACUGUCUUGAACUUGGGCCAGCACUGCAGAACUGUAUUGUGGAAAUAGAUAAAGCAGUACAAGUGAAAGAAAUCACACCACUGGGAGAUAUUGGGAAAGCAGCCAGCUUGAGGUUAGGGUUUAUCAUCAUUCAGUUCUAUGCAGGCAUCACAGGUCAAAAAAAGCAAAGUGAAGCAUUUUAGUUGUAGUGAUGCCAGCAGAGCAGUAAUUUUCAAAAAAACUCAAAAGAUUAACAUCAAGCAGAUUAGAUCACAGACAUACUGCUUUCUUAUUUUUCCCAAAUUAAGGAAAAGCUUAUAAACAUCUGAUAAGGUUGGGAGUUGCAAUGAAUGCUAACUGAAGAAGCUGAAGCCACAUUCUCCUCACCUUUAAGAUAAAAACUAAUUUCCCUAGGCUGUUUAUUCAUCCUACGUGCACAGCUUUAAGCAGAAAGAAAUCAUUUUCCAUACACCACAGGCUGGCACAGUAGUUGCAGUACAAGAAGUCAUUCAUAAUGCCAUCUUCAACAUCAGUUUUCUAAGACAAUCAAUUAAAAGCCCAAAUAUUGCUGGAUAUUAUUCUCCAUAAGCUACCAUGAGUUUUGGCUUUACUGAGAGGGGGUUAUUCCUUUUAAACAGGCCUGAGCUAAUCCAUGCAAUGAAAAAGAAACAGUGUGCCCGUGAGAAGAGGCUGUAUUGACCUCACACAGGCUCAACUCUCAUUCUCCAAUUAAGUUCUUAGCAGCAGUCCAUGCAGACAAAUGGAGAAGUCAGCAGGUAAAGGAUUUCUUACUGAGUCAAAGGACUUCUCAGCACAGUAAGCUGCAGCAGUCUCUUCAUCUGUACUUACAGCUUUGAAAUUCUAGAGCUGCAUUUCUUUCCAUUUUAAUAUAGGAGCAGGAAGGCCUCAGCACUUGGAAGCACGUAUCUCAGCAAUGACACAGUGAAUAAACAAAUCAGAGAAUCCUCCAAUACUUGUUUCCAAAGGGGAAAAAAAAAGUGUUACUCAGCCAUUUCUGCCCAGCUAAGAACAGAACUGGCACUUAAAGCCUUUUACCUUAGGAAAAAGAAUCUAUUGCCAAGUCUGCUACAGCUUUUUUUUUUUUUUUUAAUGCAUUGCAUCAUAAGCACUUGAGGUACACUUAUAAAUAUAUCCUUGGCACGUUUCAAUUGA